ACCCCAAAACUGAAGGCCUCACCAGGAGGAAGAGUGACCCCUCCAUUGAAAAUUGACAGCAGAACGCUGGUACAGGAGGUGUCCAGAGCCCUGGGGACCAGGUGGCAAUCAUACAGACAUCAUGGAGACUGCUAUGUGUGUUUGCUCCCCAUGCUGUACGUGGCAGAGAUGUUGUCCUCAUUUGUGCUCCUGCCUGUGCUGCAAGUUCAUCUUCACCUCGGAACGGAACUGCACCUGCUUCCCUUGCCCUUACAAGGAUGAACGGAACUGCCAGUUCUGCCACUGUACCUGCGCAGAGAACCCCAACUGCCACUGGUGCUGCUGCUCCUGGGCCAAUGAUCCCAACUGUAAGUGCUGCUGCACGGCCAGCAGUAAUAUCAAGUGCUACUACUAUGAGAGCCGUUGCUGCCGCAAUGCCACCAUCAUAUUCCGCAAGGGCCGCCUCAAGAGCAUCCUCAUCUCGUCCAAGACUGCUCUGCAUGUGGGAAGCAGUGGUACUCAGGUGGAUGAUGUGAAGUCUUUACCAGCGAACAGCCACCUGGUCGACCAUCUCAGUUGCCCCAUGUGUAACCGGCUGCACCUGCACUCAUUUAUGCUGCCCUGCAACCACAGCCUGUGCGAGAAGUGCCUACGGCAGCUGCAAAAGCACGCCGAAGUCACAGAGAAUUUCUUCAUCCUCAUUUGCCCGGUUUGCAACCGCUCGCACUGUAUGCCCUAUACCCACAAGAUGCGGCUGCCCGAAAACUACCUGCGCAGCCGCCUUACCAAGCGCUACAUGCAGGAACACGGCUACCUCAAGUGGCGCUUCGACCGCUCCUCAGGGCCCAUCCUCUGCCAGGUCUGCCGCAGCCGUCGCAUCGCCUACAAGCGUUGCAUCACCUGCCGCCUCAACCUAUGCAACGAGUGCCUCAAGGCCUUCCACUCGGAUGUCGCCAUGCAGGACCACGUCUUCGUGGACACCAGCGCCGAGGACCAGGACGAGAAGAUCUGCAUCCACCACCCGUCCAGCCGCAUCAGCGAGUACUGCCGCAGUGACAACCAGCUGCUCUGCACCUUCUGCAAGGUGGCUUUCCACAGCGGCCACGACACCGUCAGCCUCAUAGACGCCUGCUCCGAGAGGGCUGCGGCACUCUUCAGCGCCAUCGCCAAGUUCAAAGCAGUCCGAUAUGAAAUUGAUAAUGACCUAAUGGAAUUCAACAUUUUAAAAAACAGCUUUAAAGCUGACAAAGAGGCAAAGCGAAAAGAGAUCAGAAAUGGAUUUCUCAAGCUGCGCAGCAUCCUUCAUGAGAAAGAGAAGGUCAUCAUGGAACAGAUAGAGAAUCUAGAAGUGUCCAGGCAGAAGGAGAUAGAAAAAUACGUGUACAUCACAACCCUGAAAGUGAAUGAAAUGGAUGGUCUAAUCGCCUACUCGAAGGAAGCGCUGAAGGAGACAGGCCAAGUGGCGUUCCUGCAGUCAGCCAAGAUUCUCGUGGACCAGAUUGAGGACGGCAUCCAGAGCACCUACAGGCCCGACCCCCACCUACGGCUCCACUCCUUGCACGGCAUGCCCCUAGACUUUGCUGAGCUCUCCAGUGCCAUCCAUGAGCUCUUCCCCACAGGACCCAAGAAGGUGUGCUCCUCGGGGAACUCGCUGGCCUCUCCCUAUCCCAAUCGCUCAGAAAAGAUGAAUGCCAGGAAGGUCACAUUCAGCACCCACAGCUUUGGCAACCAGCAGAUAUACCAGCGAAGCUCCUCCUUGUUGUCUUUCAACACCACUGGCGAGAAGACCAAGAUGGGUCUGGAGGCACAGUAUGGGAGGGCACAGUCAGCUGCCCUUGCCAAACCCACAGAUGGCUUCUAUACCUACUGGAGCACUACGGCAGAAAACCAGCCUGUGCAGGACAGCAACAGCUUCCACAACUGGUAUUCAUUCAAUGAGACCUCUGUGAAGACCCCAGGCCCAAUUGUAAUCUACCAGACUUUGGUGUAUCCCAGAGCCGCCAAGGUUUACUGGACAUGUCCAGCAGAAGACGUGGACUCUUUUGAGAUGGAAUUCUAUGAACUCGUUACUACUCCUCCUAACAAUGUGCAGACAGAGCUCUGUGGACAAAUUCGGGACAUAAUGCAACAGAAUCUGGAGCUACAUAACCUGACCCCCAACACCGAGUAUCUAUUUAAAGUUAGAGCAAUCAAUGACAAUGGUCCUGGACAAUGGAGUGACAUUUGCAAGGUGGUGACACCAGAUGGGCAUGGGAAGAAUCGAGCUAAGUGGGGCCUGCUGAAGAAUAUUCAGUCUGCCCUCCAGAAGCGCUUCUGAGCCCCUGCAGAGCCCCUGCAGAGCCCGCUCCGAGAUGCACCAAAAAGUAGACACACACACACACACACGUACCUAUGU